AUCUCCAGGUUGCUAUAUAUGUGCGCAGGGAGCCCGCGUCCUUCCCCUGGUCUGAUUCCGUCCUGCGCGACUGUUCUUUCGAACGGUAGUCUUUUAUCUCCGUCCACUUUCUCUCCUACCGAAGUGCGUGCCACCAACCCAUGGAAGAUUCGAUGGACAUGGACAUGAGCCCACUGAGGCCCCAGAACUAUCUUUUCGGUUGUGAACUAAAGGCCGACAAAGAUUAUCACUUUAAGGUGGAUAAUGAUGAAAAUGAGCACCAGUUAUCUUUAAGAACGGUCAGUUUAGGGGCUGGCGCAAAGGAUGAAUUGCACAUUGUCGAAGCAGAGGCGAUGAAUUAUGAAGGCAGUCCAAUUAAAGUAACACUGGCAACUUUGAAAAUGUCUGUGCAGCCAACGGUUUCCCUUGGGGGCUUUGAAAUAACACCACCUGUGGUCUUACGGUUGAAGUGUGGUUCAGGGCCUGUGCAUAUUAGUGGACAGCACUUAGUAGCUGUGGAGGAAGAUGCAGAGUCAGAAGAUGAAGAGGAGGAGGAUGUGAAACUCCUAAGUAUAUCUGGAAAGCGUUCUGCCCCUGGAAGUGGUAGCAAGGUUCCACAGUGUGUGUCCAAUUAUUUUUUUAAGAAAAAAGUAAAACUUGCUGCUGAUGAAGAUGAUGAUGAUGAUGAUGACGACGACGAUGAUGAUGAAGAUGAUGAUGAUGAUGACUUUGAUGAUGAGGAAACUGAAGAAAAAGCUCCAGUAAAGAAAUCUGUACGAGAUACUCCAGCCAAAAAUGCACAAAAAUCAAACCAGAAUGGAAAAGACUCAAAACCAUCAACACCAAGAUCAAAAGGUCAAGAAUCCUUCAAAAAACAGGAAAAAACUCCUAAAACACCGAAAGGACCUAGCUCUGUAGAAGACAUUAAAGCAAAAAUGCAAGCAAGUAUAGAAAAAGGUGGUUCCCUUCCCAAAGUGGAAGCCAAAUUCAUCAAUUAUGUGAAGAAUUGUUUCCGGAUGACUGACCAGGAGGCUAUUCAAGAUCUCUGGCAGUGGAGGAAGUCUCUUUAAGAAAAUAGUUUAAACAGUUUGUUAAAAUUUUCCGUCUUAUUUCAUUUCUGUAACAGUUGAUAUCUGGCUGUCCUUUUUAUAAUGCAGAGUGAGAACUUUCCCUACCGUGUCUGAUAAAUGUUGUCCAGGUUCCAUUGCCAAGAAUGUGUUGUCCAAAAUGCCUGUUUAGUUUUUAAAGUUGGAACUCCACCCUUUGCUUGGUUUUAAGUAUGUAUGGAAUGUUAUGAUAGGACAUAGUAGUAGUGGUGGUCAGACAAAUGGAAAUGGUGGGGAGACAAAAAUAUACAUGUGAAAUAAACUCAGUAUUUUAA